AUGGCCAGUCCUUUCAUCCAAUCAGAGUUUUUACAUUCACCCAAUAAAAACCAUGAAUUAUUUAUUCCAAUAAAAAAAAAUUUAGAAUCAAUUGAAAAAAUAGUAUUUGAUAUUGAUAGAAAUAAUAUUCCAAUAUUUAGGGAUUUAUUAAUAAUUUUUUUUAAAUACCGACAAUCACAUUUAUCAUUCAUAGAACAAGUAACAAAUAUUGCCAAAGAAUCUUUAACAUCAACUGGAAAACCUGCAUCACAUAGAAUUUUAAAAUCUCCACCGUUAUUUAUUAGUGAAGAUUUGGAAUAUUAUAAAGUUAAAUCAUUAGAACAAGCUUAUAAAAUUGUAUCGUAUGACCCAAUAGAAGCUAGAUAUAAAAAGGGAAAUAAAUCAGGAACUAGCUAUGUAAGUUUAUUGGAUCAAGUUUGUUACAAAAUUGAUAAUGGAUCUCAUUUAUUAAAACCAGCAAAAGAAUAUGCAAUAUAUCAAUUCAAUAAACUAUUAUUCCCAACAUUACUUCUCGUUUCUCCAACUCAAUUAUUUGCACUAGAUAAUUUUGAAACUUUUUCAGUUGACUCAUUACCACUGGAUAUUAGGAAAAUAUUAGGGGAAGAAAAAACAAAUUAUGACGAAUAUUCGAUUUCAAAACUUUUAGAAAAAGCUCCACAUAUUUAUAAAAUCAUAGAAAAUGGUUUGCAAAACCAAACAGUUUUUAUUCAAGCAUCAUUAAUUAUUAAUGGAGAAACACUUGAGAAAUAUUUAAAUCGAGCAGAUACAAACUAUAAUCAAAUUAAUUUGAAAAGUUACAGUUCACAUAUUAUAUCAAGUUUAUUAUCUAUUCAAACAGAUUACAAACCAGAUAAUCUUAUAUUAGAAGAAAAUACAAAUAAUAUUAUUGGUAUUGAUAAUGACGAGUCAUUGGAAUCAAAUGAAAUAGAAAUAUUUCCAAAUAACAACAAAGAUGGUUUUACUAGGGUCGGGAAUAUAUUGUUUACACUCAAAGAAUUAAUGAUACAGCGAAUCGAUGAAGAAGUCAAAAAUCAAUUUAUUCAACACACACCAUCACUCUUUAUUUUAAAAUGGUUAAAACUAAUUGAAAACAAACAAUCAAAUUAUGAUUCUAUUAUUUCAAAAUUGCUAGACCCUUAUGAAACUCAUGACCAAAAUCAAAAAAAAAACAAUUUUAGAAAUGAAUUAAAUUUACCUUUAAUGUUUAAUAGCGGCUGGAUAACUUUAAUGUUUCAAAGAUUUAAAACAAUUAGACAACAUUUAAUAUCAAAUCCAAACACUACACACCAGGAACUAUUUGAUUUAAUACAUCCACUUUUAAGUAUUUACUACACACUAUUAUCAAAUAAAUACUCAAAUCCAUUAGAUAUAAUUGGUUCAAUAAAAAAUGAAGAAGAAAAUGAAAACACAAAAAUACCAUUUAGUAGAUUAUUAGAACAAAUAGAAGAUCCAUCUAUAUCUCAAAAUAUCUCAGAAUUAAUUCAAAAACAAGCAACUAUUAAUCAAGAGAGAAUAUCCAUUUCAGAUUCAAUAAAAGAACUUGUAUCUCAAACCGAUUAUAAUGACUUAAUAGAAUGUAAAUCUUUAAAUGGUGUAAAUGAAUGUGUUCCAUUUUGUAAAUUUAUUGUUGAAUGGUUAGAAAUCGUAUAUUCAACAUAUAAUGGAAAAGAUGAUAAAGUUCCAUUCCACGAUUCUUGGUAUCAAAAUAAAGAUCAUUUAUUUAAAAGAUUAUUAAAUUAUGAAACAUCUAUCAAAUGUAUAGAACUAGUUGUGAAAUCAUUGGACAUCAAAAUUAAUAACGAAAACUAUCUUACAACUAUAGUUGAAAGCGGAAUACUAAAGAAUCCAAACAGUUGGUAUUUGAUCGAAUUUUUAAUCAAUUAUUUUAGUUUAGAUAUUGAAAGAAUCGAAAAUGGAUAUUCAUUAUUAGAUUUAUCAUCAUUAAAUUACAAUUUCAAUGUAUUCAUAAAUUUAAUUAAAAUUGGUGCUGGAAAAAACUCAAAUGGAAUAGCUAUUGGUGAAUUUUAUCAGACAUUCUCUUAUCAACAGAAAUUAGAGUUAAAACCCUUCUUAAAAAACUUAUUUUUAAUUAAUCCAAAAAUUACAUGGAAUAUUUCAUUAAAUCAACUAUUCCCUUUAGAAAAUUUAAUCCCAACCAAUAAUAACAUAUCAAUAAAAUAUUUAGAAACAGAUGGAACAUUAAGAAGAGUAAUAUCAGAAAAGUAUUGUAAUCAAAUAUUUAAUCAAGAUGGUACACCAAAGAAAACAAAUGAAAAAGGUGAAAGGGCAGUCACAUUAAUUGAAGAUGAGUUUGGUAAUGGUAUCUAUUUAAAAUUCAAGCCACAAUUCCCAGGUAUUGAAUAUGCAGUACAAAUAUUAUCAGAACAACUAUUUGGUGAGAAUUUAACAACACAUUGUGAAAUAGGAUCAAUCAAUUCAACUCCAGUAUUGUUAUCUCAACAAGUAACAGGUGAAGUUUUAAUAGAUAUACUAAAUCAAAAUACAAAUACAAUAAAUCAAAUUGAAUCUUCAAAUAUCUCAAAGCAAAUAAUAUUAUCAAUAAUUAUCAAUAAUGCCGAUGGUAAUUUGGGAAACUAUAUAGUUGUACAAAACUACAACAACUUAAACAAUAGAACCAUAUAUAAAAUGUUUUCAAUUGAUAACGAUCAAUCAUUUAUGCCAUCAAAAGCUACUGGAUUAUUAAAUUUCUUAAGUUAUUCCAAACCGCUACAAGCAGACUCUGUAUUAUUUUUAUUUGAUCAAAUGAAUCAUGUUGUGCAUCAAGAUAUUAUCGAUUGUUUCAAAGAUUUAGAUAUUUACAAUGUUUUAGAAACUUGGUUAGAAAACUUGUUAACUUAUCAUAACAAGAUGUUAAAACUAUUUUCAUCAAAAAAAGAAGAAUUAAAACAAAAAAAAGAAACUAUUAUUGGAGUAUCUUUUAACAAUGGAAUGAUCAUACAUUUAUAUUCAAAGCUGAAACGUUUACAACAACUUUUAAAAGAUAAUUCAGAAGAAAAAUCCACCCACCUAGAUUUAUUAAGCAAUUUAGAACCAUUAAUUGCAAAUAGAUACAAACCUUAUUUAAAUUUAAAUAUAUCAAUAAAAGAAAGAUAUAACGAAUAUUUCAACUAUAUAAAUCCAACAAUUCAACAAUUAACAUGUACAACACACUCAGCAGCACAAUUAUUGCAAUCAAAAAGUAUUCCAAAUUCAAAUGAUAUUUUUUCAAAACUAUGGGAAGAAGAAUAUAGUCCAGUUAAAGCAUUGCGUGAAUUGCAUAGUCACAAAAAAAAAGUAAAGCAUUUAUUAGAUCUCAUUUUAAAACUGGAGAAAAAAGAAUCAUAUAGUAUAUCAAACUAUGACACAGAAUGUUUAUUAGAAACAGAUUUCAGCACUAUUACAGAUCAACAAUAUACUACACUUUCUAAAUAUUUAAAAUUAAAAGAGAUAUCAUUUCUCAGUUUUAGAAAUAGUCAAAUAAAUUUUAAUCCACUCAAACAAUUUUUUCCACUCAGACAAUAUAAUCCACUCAACCAAUAUAAUUUACACUCAAUUAUCAUUCUCGAUUUAUCUGGAUGCACCAAUUUAUAUAAUUUAGGAAACCAAGGUUACUUUUCAACAUUAGAAUUUAACAUAUUAAACAAACUAAAACUUGAUAGGUGCCCACAACUUUCAACUAUAUAUGUUUCAGCUCCAAAUUUAGUUUUUUUAAGUGCUACUGAAUGUAAAAAGCUAGACAAUAUUAAUAUCAAAACACCAUCUAUUAAAUAUUUAAAUGUAAAUGGUUCGAAAUUAACAAACUUUGACAUUUUUGAUUUAAGUCAACUAGAUAAAUCAAAUAAUGCAUUUAACAAUUUAGAGUACCUUAACAUAUCAGAAACUGAAUUCUCAACCAUCACAAUCAAACUAACUAAAUUAAAAUGUUUGGAAAUCUCUUUAAUGAAGAAAUUAACAACUGCAUAUUUAGAAAUACCAUCUAUAGAAUCUAUUAAUUUCAAAGGAUGUGAAUCAUUAAAAAUAAUAUCAACAAUGCAAAAUAACUACGAUAUCAACUUUAAUUUAGAUAGACUUUUAAAUCAUCCAGAAACUAUUGAGUACAUUAAAAAAAGAAAAAUUUCACUCAAUUUAACUGCUUCCAAACAGGUCUAUAAUAUAGAAGAAUUAGAAUGUCGUACCUGUAUGUUUAUAAGUGAAAUAGAUGAAUACUUUUUAAUACCAAUAGACUCAUAUUCCAAUUAUCAUUACAUAAUUAAUAAAGAAUUUUUGAUAACAGAAGAAGUAAUAAAAAAGAUAGAUCAUUUACAAAUUAGUGGCAACCUCAAUUUGGAAUAUUAUAUGAAUAAACCCUUUAUAAAGCCACCCUAUUCAAUUAGUUUAUUUUAUACAAAUAAUCUUUUAAAUGGAUAUUUAAAUUCCUGCUCUUUAUAUUUAGGCCAAGGGUUUAAUGAUUUUUGUAACCUUACAGAAGUAAAAUCAAGCACCUUAAUUAUAGGUAAUAUAGGUAAACCAUUGAAAGAAACAAAACCAUAUAUUUUACUCUUUUUAAGAUUCAAUAAUUACAAUCAUCCAUUAAACCCAUCGAUUAUUCCUGAUUAUUUAUUCUUGGUUCAAAUGUAUACCAAGACCAAUGAUUCUAAUUCACCAAUAGAUCAAACAACAAUUAACUACAACAAAUUUAGAAAUACUUUAGAUAUAAAACAACUUCUUAUUUUUAAAUCAAAACAUUGGAAUUACUUUUAUAUAAAAACAAGACUUAUAGGAAAACAUGGAAAAAUAGAAACUAAUAUCCCAAAAUUUUUAAAAUCAACUAAGAACGCUUUUAAAGAAAUGUUAAACAUCCAAUCAACAUUAAAAGAAGAUUUAAAAAUUUUAGAAUACUGGGAUAAAAUUAAUACAACAAAUGAAACUAUUCCAAGAGAUAUAGAAUAUCUAUAUUUAGGUGAAAUUGAAGGAUCAUUACCAACCAUUCCAAAUUCAGUGACAUCUAUAGAGCUUUGUAAUGAAUUUAAUCUCAAACUAUCACGUAAAGAUAUUCCUGAUUCGGUAACCUCUAUUUAUAUAGGCGAUAUUAAAGAACCACUACAUAGAUUACCAAACAGUAUUACCGAAUUUAGUGUAUUCCGAGGAUACAAACACUCAUUAAAGAACAUUAUACCAGAUUCAGUAAAAUAUUUAUAUCUCGAAAAACUCGAACAUCUAUCUCAAAUAGUAUAUUCAUUACCAUCAAACUUAAAGAUCAUAGCGUGUGGCUGUGAAUUGUUAAAUGACCUUAAUAUUUUAAAUGAUAAAAACAUUAUAGAAAUUUUAGAUAGAUAUAGGAUAUGAAUAAAACCAAUUAAAACUCAAUUAAUCAAAUUUCAUUUUUUUUUUUUUUAUUUUAAUUGAUCAAUUAGAAAAAACAAUUGCAAAGAAUCUAUAAAAUAUCUAAAAAAAUAAAUUGUAUAAUUUUUUUAUUAAGAUACUUUGAUAGGUUAUUUAUAUAAUAUCACAAAAUGAAAAAUCUAUGUACUUUUAUGAUUAUUUCUUUUUUAAAAAAAAUAAAAAAUAAAAAAUAAAAAAUUAAAAAAAAGCAAAAUUUUUU